AUGGGCAACAGCAUCAACAGCGGCCAAGUUAACAACGAUGAGCUGCCAACAAGUCAGCACCCAGAGAUGAACCAAACACAUACAGCACAAGCAACUGACGCAAAUAGGGCCAUGGAAUCACAAGAAGGUAAUUACACUUCAUCUUCAACAAUCAAUAAUUUGAUUGCUCAGUUAAACUCAGGAAAUCCACAAACAGAGGAGUUAGAUUUAAGCAAUAUCAAAUUA